AUGUUGAGCGCCGAUCUUCCUGAAGAAAUUGUGGAGGAGAUAUCGAUGAGGCUUCCUGUGAAAUCCCUACUUCGAUGCAAAUCCGUGGCGAAAUCCUGGUACGCACAAAUCACUAAUCCAUCUUUUAUAAGUAGACAAUUUGAAUGGUCUGAUUCAAUCACCAAAAACCGCCGCCGCCAGCUGAUAUUUCGAUUGCACAAUGCCUCUCUGAAGCCUUGCAUUUCUCUAAUUUCCGACCAGGAACCCAUCGAUAUAGAAGUGCCGUUUCCUGAGAAGGAUGUAGAAUACAUAUUCGUUUAUGGUCAAUGUAAUGGGAUUUUCUGUCUCUAUGGGGUCUAUGGAGGAGAUAAAGCUGGUGAGGCCAGCUUGAUUCUGUGGAAUCCUGGAACAAGAGGUGAAGGAAGAGAACAACCUCCAGUUGAGGUGUAUAAUCUCAGUACUGGUUCUUGGAGAACCAUAGAUUCUGUUGUCCCUGCUUUUCGAUUGUGUUAUCCAAAAUGCAGGGCUUAUCUGAAUGGGUUUUAUCACUGGCUAACUGAAGAUAAUAAUGAUAAGGCCAUUUUGUUCUUUGAUUUUGGCAACGAGGUGUUUGGGAAGAUUCAGUUGCCUCCUGAAAUUGAUCAAUCUUAUGAAUCAAAUGUUGCUGUGGUUGAUGAGAAACUUGCUUGUGCUGCUACAUAUAAGAUGACCAAUUGUAGAUAUGAAAUCUGGGUGAUGAAUGAGUAUGGUGUUGAGAGUAGCUGGAGUAAGAAAUUUGUUAUUGGACCAAACCCAGAAUUUGGAUCAUUUUUAGGAUUUUGGGGAGAUGAUGAGAUUCUUGUUGAAAAUGAAGGUCAUUUGGUUUCAUAUAAUAUUAAGAAUCAGAAGAUACAGAGGCUCGAAAUCCUUGGAGUUCCAAAACUGUUCAAAGUGUUUGAUUAUGUGGAAAGCUUGGUUCCUUUGAAGUCUUAA